AUGUCGUCCAACUCAUCCCAGAUUGAUCCCCGCGAGAUUGACGAUCGCAAUUCAAGCACACCCAUUAUAGUGGACGAGAUAACUCCUGCACAACCCCCGAUUCUUAGCAAUGAUCGAUCAACAGGAACACGUCGACGUGGACGUCGCACUGGAAUUCGAGUCCGUCGUCUGGCCGAAAUGCAACGUUUGGAAAGUAUUGAUCCAGGCCUCGCUUAUCGGUUGGAUCAAGCUCAAGUGAAUAAUCAUUAUCGUCCUUACGUUAUUCGACGCAGAGGUCGAAGAAUUGGGCCGGGAGUAAAUCGCAACGUUCAACAGCAAGCCGAGGGCAGUCAUAUUACUCUUCAGCUCAGAUUAGUGGAAGCUGGCGUUAGAAAUGUGAACAAUGUAAUCAACAUUGAUAUCGGAACACCAGAAGGUAGCUCAACUACCUUGGUGGCAACACUCAGUGCUGGCAACGACGAGACCAAUAAUGAAAAUACCAACAACAAUGAGAAUAACCCCAAUAAUGAAAAUAACCCCAACAGUGAGAAUAACCCCAUUGGAGACAAUUCCCAAGAUGCUCCAAUAGAUCGUGAUCCUGUUGACCAAGUCCGUAGCAUAUGA